CAGAAACUCGUAGUAUCCCCAACGGGCACUUUAACUAGCCCGGCGCCGGCAAAAAACAGAAGGAGGGCUGUGCAGGGUGAGAGAAUGUGGCUCCCAAAACAUGAGUGAUUGCGAGAGAGUCGACCGUAAUCGAGGCAAAUCGAGGCCAAGCUCAUCCCUCACCCCACCGAUUUUGCAAACAUCGUGGGUCUCAUCAUCGUUUGCUACAACUGCCAUGGCCAACGCUGGCGAUGGCGAUGGCUCCAAGGGCUGGCCUGAGAAUGCUGAAGAGACUUGGAAGUUUUAUAGCAUGCAGGCACAGACCCUGGGGAAGAGAGCGCUGAGUUCCACGGACGAGACCAUCGAAGUGGCUCGAAAUCAGAUGAAGCAGUUGACUGACGCGUCCUCGCAAUAUUUCGCUGCAGCUCAGGGAUAUGCUGCCAGAGCUCAGCAAGAAUACAACUACUACGAAAGUCUCUUCUUCAAAAAAUUGAAAGAGGGUGUACACACAGCUGCUCAGAAUCCAAACGCAACUUGUGGAGUUCUUGGAGUUACCACAAUACUCGCUUUGAGAACAUCAAGGCGGAUGUUGUAUCGCUACACUAUUGGGCGGUUUCAGAAUGAGCAGGCAUUGCUUGCUCGGGCGGAGACGAAGGUCAAGGAGAUGCGCCAAACAGUGGACCUCCUGAGAAAUGAAACGAAAAAGCUCGAGGAGAGAGCGAGGCUUGCAGAAGAAGAGCUCCUACGGGGGAGGUCUAAGUUAAAAAAUAGUGGAUAUCAGCUAAGAAAUCUCUCCAGGAGUGCCUAUAAAACUGAAUCAGCUGCCAGAGGGCUUAAAGAUAACUUGGUCGAUCUACCGGGUAGAGAAUCAAUUCGUUUGCGCACUGAGGUUGCAGCCAUGACAUCUUUGGCUAAACAACAUCGUAAAAUUUUGGAUAAACGAGUUUCGAAAAUUGCAGGUUAUGGGAUCUCGGUUUAAAUUGCACAUGAAGUACGUUGAGCAUUUAGGGUACUCUAAACAGAGAUGACGGUGCAAAGAUGAUACUAUGUUCCUCAGUCGUUGAUUAUUUAUUUUCCUGGUGUUCUGACGCUCUGAAUUGGCUGAUAUAAGCAAAUUAGCUUGGCUAGCAAUAGUCGAAUUUGGUCGUUGCAGAUAAUUUUUGAGAUGCACACUGAGGUUUUCCAAAAUUUGUGAGGAGAUUAUCUUAGACUUGAAGGUCCCUCAACUUCACUUUCUAUGUGAAAUAGAAGAUCUGCAUCCACGUUUCAUAUCUAUUUGACAAUUCCAAACCAUAUCAAAUAGAAAACUCAAUAUGUGAAGGGAAGCCUUUCCCAGAUAUCUACAAGGUUGCUGUAUUUUCU